UGCAGCCACCCUCCUCUGCUUUUCUCCUCCCAUCUCUCUCUCUCUCUCUCUCUUAAAACCUUAAUAAAAAGCUCAUCCUUGUGGCCACCUUUCACCAUCUCUCUCUCUCAUGGACUCUGGAGGAGAAAAUGAGAGGGCGGAGAUCGACACGAGACCGCCUUUCCGGUCAGUGAGAGAGGCGGUCUCGCUGUUCGGUGAGCAGGUUCUAGCAGGGGAGGUCUAUGCCGGUAACAAAACCAAAGAAGUCGGAGGAGCCUCCAGGAUUGGGAGAAUCACAGCAGAAUUGGAAGAAGCCAAACAAAGGCUCGAGGAGGCGAGAGAAGAUGGCGUGCGAAUGGCCAACCACCUCUCCUCUCUGGAACAAGAACUCGAGCGCACGAAGCAAGAGCUGGCGCUGCUCAAGAAGCAGCAACCCGACAAGCACCUCAUCAACAUGAUGGCUGAAUCGGAAGGAGAAGAAGAAAUGAAAGACGUCAAGUCCGUCGAAGCUCCGUCCGAGUCCGAGCUCGCGGAAGCGCUGUGGUUCGACGAGGAGAAGACGGGUUUUCACGAGAAAAGGUACGUGACGUUCGCCGACCGAGUGCUGACUCCACAGAGCGACGACGAGGCGUGGCAGGGACAUGCUUCAAUAGGGAACAACAAGAUGAAGAAGAAGAAGAAUAAGCCGUUGAUUCCGCUACUCGGAGAGAUCUUGUCCAAGAGAAAAGGACGUUCUCAUCAACAAGAAGUGGCAUCGGUCCGAGGCUGGAAGUAAAUUAUUUUCCCGUCUUUUUGACGCCCUCUUAAUGUGUUUGGCAAGCUUUGGUAGAGAAGGACGUGGCGAUUUAAGAGCUGUUAAUUUGCUGGCCGGAUUGAUGUGUGGAAUUCGAGCCGUAUUCCAAUGAUCAUGUAUUCUCUGGUGUAUUUGAGCAAAAAAAAAAUAAAUGUUAUAUUCUACAACUAAA